AUGGCUGAUCGCGACAAGGCACACUCCAUCAACCCCAACCACUUCCCUGCCAAGCUGUGGUGUUUAGCGAACCACCCGGUGAGCAGAGCCGUCCGCUGGGACCCCCGCGGCGAGGGGCUCAUCAUCCACCAGCACCUGUUCGAGACGCACUUCUUGACCGGCCCGCAGAACGCCCCUGGCGGAGGAGAUCUCUUUAAGACGACCAACUUCAGCAGCUUCAUCCGUCAGCUGAACCUGUACGGAUUCAGGAAGGUUGAGAGUGGUGGUGGGGGUGACGUUGAUGGUGUGCCUGCCUCCCCGGUGGUGGAUCAUGGGUUGGAGCAUCACUUUCGUCACCCAAAUUUCCGUCAGGGUCGUCCGGAGCUCCUGGUGAAUCUGAGGAGGCUCACCAGCAGCAAUAAGGCCAAACUGGAAGCAGGCCUGGAGGUGAAGUGUAGACCCCCAGGCCGUUACCAUCAAUCAUGGACCGGUAAUAUUGAAGAUAAGGUGGAGAGAAGAGGUGGUUCACCAAAUGUACCGGUGGGUCUGUUGUAUCCCGGCAACCAUUACCAGGAUCUGCAAAGUGUUGAAUCCCAGGACCUAAAGAAAAACGACCUGAACUUGGACACCGUCUUCCAGAUCAUUGAUGAAUACCCAUCGACCCAAAAUGUCUGCAUGGUUAAUGUGGUGACUCCAGAGAAAGCGGUUCCGCCGUCUGGACCUCCCGUCAACAGCCACUGUUCCCCCCUGCCCACGUCCUCCCAGGCCUGGGCGUCCUCCACCUUGGUGGAGGACAAACCUCCAGUGGCACGCUCGCCUAUCAUCAUCAGCGUGCAGGGAAACAGUGAUCGAGGGACCGGUACCUACGACAUGAAGCCCAUAAAAGAGGAGAUGAUGGAGGAAGCUAUUUUUAAAGCCCCUCUGAGUAUACAUAACCACGCUCUGGUCAAGGUGAGCAGAGACAAGGUAGCUAAGGCCAAGGCCAGCAGUGCACUGAACGAUUCCGCUUUGCCCUAG